AUGGAUUUAUUAAAAGAGUAUGAAGAUAAUGAAGAAUUGGAGAUAGAAUGUGAAAAAAAAUUAAAUAAUAUUGAUAGAUCAAAAGAUACCGAAGAAAUUACAAAUGAUAUAAAUGAAAAAAGUGAUGAGCAAAAAAGCGAAAAUAGUAAAUUAGCAAAUAUAUCUCCUAUAAAUAUAAUAAAUUGUGCUCCAGAUGUAAAUACAUUUGAUUUAGAAAUAAAAAAUUAUAAAGAAAAAUUCAAAAAUAUAGAAAAAAAAAUUGUAUUUGACAAUUCAGGAUUUCAUAAAAUACUGAGUAAACCACAACAAGGACCAAGUAUAAAUGAACAUUAUAACUUUUUAAAAAACGCAAAUAAAAAUCAUUUUAAUGGAAGUAUAGAACCAACUUAUUUAAAUAAAAAUGUAUUUGAUUAUCAAUAUAACCAAUUUAAUGUGAUGGGAAUAACUGAAAAUCCUUCACUAAGAAAUUUUUAUAGAAGUAAUUAUGAAAAUUUUAUAAUAUCUAAGGAUUUUGCUAAUGAUAUAGAAAAGAAAGAUGAGUUAACUGUAAAAAGAUAUAAAAAACAAAAAGUGAAAAAUAAUGAUUAUGUUUUAGAAAAAUAUAAAGGUCCUUGGGAAGAUAAGGAAGAAGAUACAAAGGGGGAUUUGAUAAAAGACCAUAAAAAAGAAAAAAACACAAAAGAUGAAGAAAUUAAAAAGGAUUUGGCUAAUACAGCGAAAAAAAAUGUAUUUAUAAAAUUGGAAUCUUGUAUACUAGAGGAGGCAGUAAAAAAAAAUAUAAUAAAAGAAAAAAACACUAUAUAUGAUAACAAAAUAAUUUCAACAUUGCAUAUAAAUGAAGAAAAAGAUGAUUAUUUUAAUAAGUCAUGGUUUGAAUUGCCAUCAGAGUAUAAAGAAAGAGACUUUAUAAUUGAAGAAAACUUCCCACCAAAAAAAGAAAUUCAUGAGUAUAAAGGUCACAAAAUGGGAGUACAAAAAAUUAGAUUUUUUCCCAAAUAUGGGAAUUAUAUUUUGUCUGCAUCUUUAGACCAUACAUUAAAAUUGUGGGGUGUAUAUAAAUCGAAAAAUUGCAUAAGAACAUAUAAGGGACAUUUUAAAGGAGUUAAAGAUGUUCUUUUUGAUAAGGAUGGUACAAAUUUUUUAAGUUGUAGUUACGACAAUAAUGUAAUUUAUUGGGAUACUGAAUAUGGGAAAAUAAAAGGAGUUUAUAGUCAAAAAAAAACUCCAUAUUGUUUAUGUCUAAAUCAUGAUGAUCCAAAUACAUUUUUAGUUGGUGGGGCAAAUAACAAAAUAUGCCAUUUUGAUUUUAGAUCUGGAAAUAUUGAAUUAGAAUAUAAUGAACAUUUACAAGCAAUAAACACAAUUACGUUAUGUGAAAAUAAUAAAAAAUUGAUCAGCACGUCCGAUGAUAAGAAAAUUUUUAUUUGGGAAUAUGGAUUACCAGUAGUUGUUAAAUAUAUAUCAGACGCUUCCAUGUAUUCAAUAACAUCUGUUUCAGUACACCCAAGUAAUAAUUUUUUUUUAUGUCAAUCUAUGAAUAAUGUAAUAACAGUUUAUGAAGCAACAGGAAAAUUUCGACUAUUUUCAAAAAAGACAUUCAAGGGACAUAAAAAUAUUGGUUACUCUAUUAAUGUUUCAUGUAGUAAUGAUGGAAAAUAUGUCAUCAGUGGAGAUAGUAAUGGAGGUUUAUUUAUAUGGAAUUGGAAAAAAAUGUCAAAUUUUAAAAAUAUCAAAGCACACAAAAAUGUGUGUAUUGAUUGUGUAUGGCAUCCUUUCAAGACAUCUAUGUUAGCUACAGCUAGCUGGGAUUCAUCAAUUAAAUUGUGGGAAUAA